AAAUCCCCGGAUGAUGGCGGUGUCCGCUCUCUGCUAGAAGGCAAUUUGCUGCCUCGCAGAAGCUGGCGGGCACCGUGCCCGCCACGAUCGGUCUCCUGGGCACUGGGCCACCGCCUCACCCCCCCCCCCUUGCGGACAUGGAGCCAGAGCCGGCGGCUCAGAAGCAGCCCCGGCCGCGGAGGAGAAGCCGCAGGGCCUCAGUGCUCAGCGAGGAACAAGCCGCGGGGCUUCCGGCCGACACACCCGGGCCGGCGGCGAACGAGAGACAAUCCCUUCGGAGAGGCAGUUCCUUCACAUUUUUAACCCCUGGCCCACACUGGGACUUCACUUUGAAAAGAAAACGAAGAGAUAAAGAUGAUGAUGUUGUAAGCCUUAGCAGCCUUGAUCUGAAGGAGCCAAGCAAUAAAAGAGUUCGGCCUCUAGCCCGGGUCACAUCCUUGGCAAACUUAAUCUCUCCUGUAAGAAAUGGAGCAGUCAGGCGCUUUGGUCAAACCAUACAGUCGUUUACCCUUCGUGGUGACCACAGAUCCCCAGCCUCUGCCCAGAAGUCAUUCAGCAGGUCCACCGUCCCCACACCCACCAAGAGAAGAAGCAGUGCAUUAUGGUCGGAGAUGCUAGACAUCAGUAUGAAGGAGUCCUUGACCACUCGAGAGAUCAAACGUCAGGAGGCAAUAUAUGAAUUGUCCCGAGGAGAACAGGACUUAAUCGAGGAUCUCAAGCUUGCUAGAAAGGCCUACCAUGACCCCAUGUUAAAGCUGUCCAUCAUGUCAGAAGAGGAGCUCACGCAUAUAUUUGGAGACUUGGAUGCUUACAUACCUCUGCAUGAAGAUCUGUUAGCAAGAAUAGGCGAAGCAACCAAGCCUGAUGGGACCGUGGAGCAGAUCGGUCACAUUCUCGUGAACUGGUUACCAGGCCUGAAUGCCUACAGAGGCUACUGUAGUAACCAGCUGGCGGCCAAGGCUCUUCUGGAUCAGAAGAAACAAGACCCAAGAGUCCAAGACUUCCUCCAGCGCUGUCUGGAGUCUCCUUUCAGUCGAAAACUAGAUCUUUGGAGUUUCCUAGAUAUCCCUCGAAGUCGUCUCGUCAAGUACCCCUUACUGUUAAAGGAAAUCCUUAGACACACUCCCAAAGACCACCUUGAUGUUCAGCUUCUGGAGGAAGCAAUACUGAUAAUACAGGGAGUUCUUUCUGACAUCAACUUGAAGAAAGGUGAAUCUGAGUGUCAGUAUUAUAUCGACAAGCUGGAGUACCUGGAUGAGAAGCAGAAGGACCCCAGGAUUGAAGCGAGCAAGGUGUUGCUGUGCCACGGGGAGCUAAAGAAUAAAAGUGGCCAUAAACUGUACAUUUUCUUAUUUCAAGACAUCUUGGUUUUGACUCGGCCUGUCACCCGAAAUGAGCGCCAUUCCUACCAGGUUUACCGGCAGCCCAUCCCAGUCCAGGAGCUGGUGCUGGAAGACCUGCAGGAUGGGGAUGUACGCAUGGGCGGCUCCUUCCGAGGGGCCUUCGGCAACUCAGACAAAGCUAAAAAUAUCUUUAGAGUCCGCUUCCAAGACCCUUCUCCAGGCCAGUCCCACACACUGCAAGCCAAUGACGUGUUCCAUAAGCAGCAGUGGUUCAACUGUAUUCGCUCGGCCAUUGCCCCUUUCCAGCGGGCCGCCAGCCCCCUAGAGCUGCAGGGCUUGCCAGACCUUCACGAAGAGUGUGAAGAGAACAACCCUUCUGCUGGGAAUCUCAGAGCCCAGCGACGGUCAUGCGUGGUUCCUGGUGUCAUGCAGGUAGACGCGGAAAGUGCGCUGGAGUGUGGCUCCAGUGUACAGACAGGGGAAGACACCAGGAACGUGAAGGCACAGCGACCCCAGCCUGGCUUACGGAGAGCAAGGGACAAAGUGCAGUCAGGUGGCAAAAAGAAAGAGACUUUGGUAUAAAGUGUGUAUUCCCUGUGGGGAGCUGUUUAUUUAUAAAUGUGUACAGUUUCUUCUUGUAACGGGGGUUACUGUGUACCAGAUGUAAUAUGUCCAUGGUUUGGGUCUCUCUCUCUCUCUCUCUCUCUCUCUCUCUCUCUCUCUCUCU